AUGCUGGAAUGUAACCUUGUCACUAGAUCUCCUAACUCGAUUUUCGCUAUCAAUUCCACCCCAAUUUCAAUCGAUCUUGCUCAUCGUCGUGCGUGUCACGCCGGCGAGGACCGUAUACGAAAGAUAGAGACUUUUGCUAAUAGCGUUAAGCUAAAGAAAGGCGCCGGUGUCUCCUUUCCUUGUGUUCCAUACAUUAAGGGUAAGGGUUAUACACUACCUUUUAGUAAGGAGAGAUCUAAUAGAUUGAAACCUAGUGAAUUCAUUUAUCUAGACGUCUAG